AUGAGUCCCCGUCUGCCCCAGCGCCUGGCGGGGGUGUUAAUGAGCCUUAAUUACAGGGGAGCGCCGUGCGGGGGCGGGGAGGGCUGGGAGCGGCGGAAAGAGCCGAGCGGGGGCGGAAAGAGCCGAGCGGGGGGGCGGGGGGAGGAGGGGAGAGCCGAGCGGGGCCGGAAAGAGCCGAGCAGGGCCGGAAGGAACCGAGUGGGGGCGGAAAAAGCCGAGAGGGGACAAGAAAGAGCCGAGCGCUUCCGGAAAGAGCCGAGGGGGACCGGAAAGGGCCGAGCGAGGCCGGAAGAAACCGAAGGAGACCGGAAAGAGCCGAAAGGGCACCGGAAAGAGCCGAAGGAGACCGGAAAGGGCCGAGGGGAGCCGGAAAGGGCCGAGAGGAGGCGGGAGAAGCCGAGGAGGAACGGAAAGAGCCGAGCGGGGCCGAAGAAAUCGAGCGCUUCCGGAAGGAGCCGUGUGGGGCCGGAAGAGGGCGGAGCGGGGACCGGAAGAGGGCGGAGCGGCGACCGGAAGCGGAAAUCCCCGCGCAGGCGAGCCAAGAUGGCGGCCGCCUGCGAUCACUGCGCGGCCGCCUCCGCUCCGUACACGUGUCCCCGCUGCAACCGCCGCCUCUGCUCCCUCGGCUGCUACCGCGCGCACGGGGCCUGCGCCGAGGCCUUCUACCGCGAGCAAGUGAUGCGGGAGCUGCGCUCCGAACCGGCCCCGGCGCCGUCCGAGCGGGCCCGGCUGGGGGACGCCCUGAGGCGGCUGCGGGAGAUGGACGGGGAAGGGGAAGGCGAAGGAGAAGGGGAAGAAGGGGAAGGAGAAGGGGAAGGGGAAGAAGGGGAAGCGCGGCGCGGGCUGUGGGGGCGGCUGAGCGCGGAGCAGAAGGCCGAGUUCCGGCGGCUGAUCAGCUCCGGGGACGCCGUGCGGCUCCUGCCCCCGUGGAGGCCGUGGUGGUGGGGGAGGAGGCGGCUGGUGGAGGANCCCUCUUCUCCGGGGAGGACAGCCAGCGUGGCCAGCGUGGUCAAUGGGACUGAAGCCAACGUGGCCAGCAAGAGUGCGGCCAACGUGGCCAAUGGGACUGAAGCCAACGUGGCCAGCAAGAGCACGGCCAGUGUGGCCAACGCCGACGAUGAUGAGGACCCUGAUGCCACUGAGGACCCCAACGAUGACGAGGACCCCGAUGACAUCAGUGGCCCCAGUGAGAUCAAGGACCCCAGUGAUGACCAGGACCCCAAUGACGAGGACCCCGAUGCCACUGAGGACUCUGAUGAUGUCAAGGACCCCAAUGACAUCAAAGACCCCGAUGACAUCAAGGACCCCAGUGACGUCAAGGACCUCAAUGAUGACGAGGACCCCAGUGCCACCGAGGACUCCGAUGACGUCAAGGACCCCAGUGACGUCAGGGACCUCAAUGAUGACCAGGACCCCGAUGCCACUGAGGACCCCGAUGACGUCGAGGACCCCGAUGACAACAAGGACCCUGAUGACGUCAAGGACCUCAACGAUGGUGAGGACCCCGAUGCCACUGAGGACUCCAAUGACUUCGAGGACCCCGAUGACGUCAAGGACCCCAAUCCCAACGAGGACCCCAGUGAUGACCAGGACCCCAAUGAUGUCAAGGACCUCAGUGAUGGUGAGGACCCCAAUGAUGUCAAGGACCCCGAUGAUGUCGAGGACCCCAAUGAUGUCAAGGACCCCAGUGAUGUCAAGGACCUCAAUGAUGACGAGGACCCUGAUGACGUCAAGGACCCCAGUGACGUCAAGGACCCCAGUGAUGACCAGGACCCCAAUGAUGUCAAGGACCUCAAUGAUGGUGAGGACCCCGAUGAUGUCAAGGACCCCAGUGACGUCAGGGACCUCAAUGAUGACCAGGACCCCGAUGACGUCGAGGACCCCAAUGACGUCAAGGACCCUGAUGAGGUCAAGGACCUCAGAGGACCCCGACGACGACGACGACCCCGACAACNCAGAAGGACAGCCAGUGUGGCCAACGUGGCCAACAAGAGCGUGGCCAGCAGUAGGACAGCCAGUGUGGCCAACGUGGCCAAUGGGACUGAAGCCAGCGUGGCCAGCAAGAGGACAGCCAGUGUGGCCAACAAGAGCAUGGCCAGCAGUAGGACAGCCAGCGUGGCCAACGUGGUCAGUGGGACUGAAGCCAACGUAGCCAACAAAAGCGUGGCCAUUGUGGCCAACAAGAGCAUGGCCAAUGUGGCCAGCAGUAGGACAGCCAGCGUGGCUAACGUGGCCAAUGGGACUGAAGCCAACGUGGCCAACGAAAGCGUGGCCAAUGUGGCCAACGUGGCCAAGAAGAGCAUGGCCAGUGCGGCCAGCAGUAGGACAGCCAGCGUGGCAAACGUGGUCAGUGGGACUGAAGCCAGCGUGGCCAGCAAGAGAACAGCCAGUGUGGCCAACAAGAGCAUGGCCAGCAGUAGGACAGCCAGCGUGGCCAACGUGGUCAAUGGGACUGAAGCCAGCGUGGCCAGCAAGAGGACAGCCAGUGUGGCCAAUGAGAGCGAUCCCAACGUGGCCAGCAAGAGCGUGGUCAAAGUGGCCAACGUGGCCAACAAGAGCACGGCCAAGGUGGCCAGCAGUAGGACAGCCAGCGUGGCCAGUGGGACUGAAGCCAACGAGGCCAACAAGAGCGUGGCCAAUGAGAGGGAUGCCAACGUGGCCAGCAAGAGCGUGGACAAGGUGGCCAGCAGUAGGACAGCCAACGUGGCCAAUGGGACUGAAGCCAACGAGGCCAACAAGAGCGUGGCCAAUGUGGUCAAUGGAACUGAAGCCAACGUGGCCAGCAGUAGGACAGCCAGUGUGGUCAACGUGGUCAAUGGGACUGAAGCCAGCGUGGCCAGCAAGAGUGCAGCCAAUGUGGCCAGUGAGAGCGAUCCCAACGUGGCCAGCAAGAGCAUGGACAAGUUGGCCAACAGUAGGACAGCCAGUGUAGCCAACGUGGCCAAGAAGAGCAUGGCCAACGUGGCCAGCAGUAGGACAGCCAGCAUGGCCAAUGGGACUGAAGCCAGCGUGGCCAGCGAGAAGACAACCAGUGUGGCCAACGUGGCCAACAAGAGCACGGCCAACCUGGCCAACACGAGGACAGCCAGUGUAGCCAGUGUGGCCAACGAGACUGAAGCCAGCGUGGCCAGCAAGAGGACAGCCAGCGUGGUCAAUGGGACUGAAGCCAGCGUGGCCAGCAGUAGGACAGCCAACGUGGCCAAUGAGAGCGAUGCCAACGUGGCCAGCAAGAGCGUGGACAAGGUGGCCAGCAGUAGGACAGCCAGCAUGGCCGACGUGGUCAGCAAGACUGAAGCCAACGUGGCCAACAAGAGCGUGGCCAACGUGGCCAAUGGGACUGAAACGAGCGUGGCCAGCAAGAGCACAACCAACGUGGCCAAGAAGAGCGUGGCCAGUUUGACCAACAAGAGCACGGCCAACAUGGCUGACAAGAAUGAAGCCAGUGUGGCCGACAAGAGUGAAGCCAACAUGGCCGACAGGGGCAAAACCAACAUGGCCGACAAGGGCAAAACCAACAUGGCCGACAAGAGCGUGGCCACCCAUGGUGAUGGGGACACCAAGGACAAUGGGGACCCCGAUGAAGAUGAGGACCCUGAUGAUGUCGAGGACCCUAAUGAUGACCAGGACCCUGAUGACAUCGAGGACUCUGAUGAUGUCGAUGACCCUGAUGCCAUUGAGGACCCCAAUGGUGACAAAGACCCCAAUGACAUCAAGGACCCCGAUGACGUCAAGGACCCUGAUGAUGUCAAGGACCCCAAUCCCAGUGAGAACCCCAAUGACAUCAAGGACUCCAACGAUGACGAGGACCCCAAUGAGGUCAAGGACCUCAACGAUGAUGAGGACUCCGAUGACGUCAAGGACCCCGAUGACGUCGAGGACGCCAAUGACAUCAAGGACUCCAGUGACAUCAAGGAUGCCAAUCCCAAUGAGGACCCCGAUGAUGUCAAGGACCCCAAUGACAUCAAGGACCCCAGUGACAUCAAGGACCCCAGUGACGUCAAGGACCCCAAUCCCAAUGAGAACCCCAAUGACAUCAAGGACCCCAAUGAUGACGAGGACCCCGAUGAUGUCAAGGACCUCAAUGAUGACGAUGACCCUGAUGCCACUGAGGACCCCGAUGACGUCAAGGACCCCGAUGACAUCAGGGACCCCGAUGACAUCAAGGACGCCAAUCCCAAUGAGGACUCCAAUGACAUCAAGGACCCCAAUCUCAUUGAGAACCCCAGUGAUGACCAGGACCCCGAUGACGUCAAGGACCUCAGCAAUGACCAGGACCACGAUGCCACUGAGGACCCCGAUGACGUCAAGGACCCCGAUGACAUCAAGGACCCCGAUGACGUCAAGGACCCUGAUGACGUCAAGGACCCUGAUGACGUCAAGGACCUCAACGAUGACGAGGACCCCGAUGCCACUGAGGACUCCGAUGACGUCAAGGACCCCAAUCCCAAUGAGGACCCCAGUGAUGACCAGGACCCCAAUGACAUCAGGGACCUCGAUGAUGGUGAGGACCCCGAUGACAUCAAGGACCCCGAUGACAUCAAGGACCCUGAUGACAUCAAGGACCCCAAUGACGUCAAGGACCCCAAUGACGUCAAGGACCCCAAUGACAUCAAGGACCCCGAUGACGUCAAGGACCCCGAUGACAUCAAGGACCCCGAUGACGUCAAGGACCCCGAUGACGUCAAGGGCCUCAACGAUGACCCCGAUGCCACUGAGGACUCCGAUGACAUCGAUGACCCCAACGACGACGAUGACGUCGAUGACCCCAAUGAC